AUGGCCCCAAAACGCAAAGCAACCUCGCCAGUGCGGCCACCGGUCAAACAGGCCAAGCGCGAACCGGGCGCGGAAAACUUCGACCAUUCGCGCAUUGCAGAGAAAGUGGGCAUUGUCCAGCGCGAAUUCUAUCCACCCGAAAUGUCCAACGAACGAUGCAAGCAGUACAACGAUGGGGAGAUACCGAGGCCAAGCAAGCUGCUUGAAGACGCAAUCGCUGCGACCAAAAAGGAGCGCGAAAAGAUCAAAACGGGCGAGACAGUGGUGCAUUGGUUCAAGAGAGAUUUGAGGCAGUACGACAAUAGAGGCCUGAGAGCAGCGAGCGAGCUGGCCAAGAAGAACAACGCGAAUUUGGUUUGCAUGUUCAUCGUCAGUCCGGAAGACUAUCAAGCACACUUCACCAGCAAGGCCAGAGUGGAUUUCGAUUUGAGAACGCUGGAGGUUCUGAAGCAGGAUCUGGCCGAAAAGAACAUUCCGCUGUACGUCAAAACUAUGGAGAAAAGGGCAAAGGUAUUGCCGCACAUACUCUCCUUGUGCGAAGAGUGGAAUGCCAAACAUCUGUUCUGCAACAUCGAGUACGAGGUGGACGAGCUGCGACGAGAGACCCAGCUCAUCAAGCAAGGCCUGAAGAAGGGCAUUUCUGUGAAUUGUCUGCACGAUGAUGUGGUGGUGAAGCCGGGAGAUCUCAUGUCUGGAGCCGGUAAGCAAUACUCAGUCUACACUCCGUGGUAUCGGGCUUGGGUAAAGUUCAUUCAUGAGCAUCCAUACGUUCUGAAUGUCAGCGAAGCCCCGGAUGCCAAUCCAGACUCCGCCAAGCAGAAGUUCAAGGAUAUCUUCGAUGCAGCAAUCCCGCCUGCGCCUGAGAACAAGCGUCUUUCCGAAGAAGACCGGAAACGAUUGGCCUCAAUCUGGCCUGCCGGCGAGCACGAAGCCCAAGAACGACUCCAGCGCUUCCUGAAAGAGAAGAUCAACAAAUACAAAGACACCAGAAACUUCCCGUCCGCAAACUCGACUUCAAACCUCUCGGCACACUUCAGCGCCGGAUCCCUCGCAGCUCGAACAGCCAUUCGUGCCGCACGCGAAGCCAACACCGCCAACAAGCUCGACGCCGGCAUUCAAGGCAUCAUAACCUGGAUUUCCGAAAUCGCCUGGCGAGACUUCUACAAACACGUCCUAUCACACUGGCCGUACGUCUGCAUGUUCAAACCCUUCAAAUACGAAUACAGCGACAUCGAAUGGGAAUACAACGACGAGCACUUCCAACGCUGGACCGCCGGAACCACCGGCUUCCCCAUCGUCGACGCCGCAAUGCGCCAAUGCAAACAAACGGCCUACAUCCACAACCGCUGCCGCAUGAUCGUCGCCUCCUUCCUCGCCAAAGACCUCCUCCUCGACUGGCGCCAGGGCGAAAAGUACUUCAUGGAAAACUUGAUCGACGGAGACUUCGCUUCGAACAACGGUGGUUGGGGCUUCUCCGCUUCCACCGGCGUGGAUCCUCAGCCUUAUUUCCGAAUUUUCAAUCCUUGGCUUCAGAGCGAGAAGUUUGAUGCGAGCGGGGAGUAUAUCCGGAAAUGGGUGCCUGAGUUGAAGAAUAUCAAGGGUAAGGCGAUUCAUGAUCCUUAUGGACGCGGAGCCGCGAAGGAGGCGGAGAAGGCGGGGUAUCCGAGGCCGAUGGUUGAGCAUUCGAUGGCGAGGAAAAGGGCUUUGGAGAGGUAUAAGGGGGGUUUGGGGAGGAGUACGGCGAAUGUUGGGGGUGGGGUGCAUAAUUGA